AUGGCAACCGAAUCCUCAUUAUCCGCUCACUCAAACUUGAACCAGGAGAUGAAAAGGGAACGCCGUGAGACAUUUGGGGGCUCCGACGCGUCAAAGUUGGUGCCGGAGCUACAUGUUCCACAUAUUGACUUGAAUAAGUUUUUGAGUGGCAAUGAAAGUGAUGUCGAAGAGGCAACGAGGCUGGUGGACGAGGCUUGUAGAGAACAUGGGUUCUUUGUAGUGGUGAACCAUGGAGUUGAUAUGGAAUUGAUGAAAGCUGUUCAUGAGUGUAUGAAUGAGUUCUUUACAAUGCCUUUGGAUGUGAAGCAAAGGGCUCAAAGGAAGGAGUGUGGGAAAGCAUUGAACGAUCUGGGCAUGAAGAUAUUGGAGAUUUUGGGGCUGAGCCUUGGCGUUUCAAGAGAAUACUUCAAGAAUUUCUAUGAGGACAACGAUUCAAGAUUGAGGCUUAAUUAUUACCCACCAUGUGAGAAGCCAGAGGUUGUGUUGGGAACUGGCCCUCACACUGAUCCGACCUCCGUCCCAAUCCUUCACCAAGACCAUGUUAGUGGCCUUCAAGUGUGCGUCAAUGAUCAAUGGUAUUCAAUUCCUCCGACCCCAGAUUCCUUUGUCGUCAACAUCGGUGACACUUUCACGGUAUGUCACACAAAAUUACAAUUAGGGUUCUUUAUUUUCCAUCUUCCUUCUUCUAAACUCAACUAA